AUGUCGCGACAGACAAAUAUCAGCGACUUUUUCUCAGCCGCAUCACAGCGGCCAAGACCACAGCCCAAUGACCAGCAGAACAACAUGAACUCCUCACACCCCGCAUCCACCUGGCGCGGUGCACGCGGCGGAUUCCCUCGCGGCCAGAAUCGUGCUCGAGGACACGGACGAGGUGGCCAUGGACGAGACCGCAGAGCACACAAUCCGGACAGCACGCGCCGCAAUAGAGAUCUAGCCGAAGUCGCCAAGGAGACUCGAACCGUCCUCCCCGACAUACUGCCUCACCUGCCCCAUGUCAAUGCUUCGAAUUCAGAAGCCCUCCACCUCGCGACCUUGCCUCCACUCAAGUUGCUCGACUGCCCGCAACAUCCUCGGGCAACGAUCAGAGUCGUGAAUGCCGACACAUUCAAUGCUGCGCUGGAACUUGCCGAAGCACAUCCUGAUGGCGGUCGCGUCGCCGUCUUAAACCUCGCCUCAGAUUAUCGAGCUGGCGGCGGCUGGCUCAAAGGCGCGCGAGCCCAAGAAGAGGCCCUCUGUUACCGAUCUUCGCUCUACCUGUCUCUGCACAAGCGAUACUACCCAUUCGAUCACGCCCUCAUGGGCAUCUACUCCCCAGAUGUGGUCAUCAUCCGCGAGGACAUGGCGUCUGGGCAUGAUCUGCUCAUCCCGGAUGACGGUCUUGGCACGCUGCCUGUCGUGAGCGUCUUGAGCAUAGCGGCACUGCGAAACCCCACGACCAGGAAAGUCCGGCUGCAAACAAUCGCGGGGGCCGAGGAGCGCAUCGAGUUUGCCGAUCCCAGAGACCGGGACGUGACCAAGGGCAAGAUGCGGCUCUGUCUUCGCAUGGCCGCUGCCAAGAGUCACGGACUGCUCGUGCUCGGGGCACUGGGAUGCGGUGCCUUCCACAACCCGCCAGGCGAGGUUGCGAGGUGCUGGAGAGAGGUUCUUGGCGAGAACGAGUUCGCCGGAGGCUGGUGGACGGAUGUCGUGUUUGCUGUUCUCGACACCAGGAGCGAGGGCAACUACGAAGUCUUUGACGACGUCGUUGGUGGUAUGAUGGUGUAA